ACCGGCUGGGAAACAAUAACAGAACAAUAUGGAUUUUAUUUAACGCCCCGUGACCAUGUUAAUGGUUGCGUAAUGAAUAUUUAUGCACACGCAGUUAGGAAAUUGCUUUAUUCAGGGGUUAUUGGAGUACUUCUUAACAAAAGAUGUCAAAAGCUGUCUUGAAUAGCAAUCGGGACAUUGAGAUUCUCUGAUCUUUGAGAGGAUUUUUAGACGCAGCUAGAGGCGUAAACUCUACAUGCAAUUCUGGUGUAUUUAAAAACCUCUUUAGUUCAUCGGACGCAUCUCUGGAUCAUACAAAAUCGCCCUCUGGGCGCUCAAAGGUUCGAAAAGUUAUCACUACAAGACGAGUGACAUGUUCAAGACUCGUCGGAAAAAUGCCCUUUUGGUUGCAGUGUUGCUUCUACUGACUCCCAGUUUUGUUGAAGCAACGUUAUCUUCGUGUACAAGCAACUCUAACGCAGACAUCUCAUCACCAUGUAAGUUUGCACCGGGAGUUCAUUCUUAUACCUCGUUAACUGUCCGUACUGAAGUCUUCCUGGAGACAACCUCUGGCUCCUCGCAGCAUUUCUUUAAUGUCUCUCAGACGUUUGACAUUAAAGCAAAUGGCAGAUUAGUUCUUGAUUAUAACAAGGAAAGUGGCAGUAAUCCUGGUGCGGGUGUGUUGACGAGUGGAAGCACCGGUAGAUCUGGCGGGAGUUACGGAGGCAGAGCUGGCGCUGCCGCUAAAACGCCGCUAUCUACAUCUCAGGCUGAAUCAUAUGGUAGCGCUUUUGUCGUCACACAGCCUGGGAGUAAUGGUGGCGGCGAUCCAAAUACACGCGGGAGAGGAGGAGGUUUCCUUAAGAUAUACGCUCGUAAGCUUGUCGUCGCUGGAACAGUGCAGGCUAAUGGUCAGCGCGCUCAGCAGAAUGACGGUGGAGGAAGUGGCGGUGGCAUCUCUGUAGACUGCUUCGAAAUCGACGGCAACGGAAGAAUGGAAGCUUCUGGAGGGAUGGGUAGCGGCGAAGGGGGUGGUGGAGGCGGUGGAAGGAUUUCGGUGCAGUUUCAACACGGUUCCUUUUUAGGCCAAGCAAAGGCGUACGGAGGCAGGACGGAAAAUGAAGUUAAAGCGCAAGGUGUAGCUGCUGGUUCUCACUCUUUAACUGCUUCGUCCAGGAAGAGUGUGUCUGCCUCUUACCCUUCAUCCAAUAUAGUCUACGACCCCUCCAAAGGCCGAUUAAAUUACCAGGGGUCCCCUGGCGGAUGGAUGCCAGCGACCAAUAAUACUGGAUCUGAGUGGCUCGAGGUUCGGUUGUCUAAAGAGGCUUACAUAACUGACGUGGCUACUCAAGGUCGAUAUAGCGGAAGUGAAUAUACCUCUUCAUAUACGUUGAAGUAUCUUGAUCCUUAUAUCAGUUCACCAGAGACUUGGAGAGAUGUAAAGGAGAAUGGUGAGGUAAAAACCUUUACAGGAAACUCGAACACAAAUACAGUCAAGCAGAAUGCUCUACCAACAGAUGUAUACACGAGAGCUAUUCGAUUUUAUCCGAAGGCAUUCAGCGGUGGAAUCGCCCUCAGAGUUGAACUAUAUGGAUAUGCUGCAGAUCUUGCCAGUAAUCCUGGUUGCAGCUACGUGCUCCCUCAAGAUAACAAUCCUGAACCCGGAGGACCGGGGACAGUUUACUUCGACGGCUACAAAAGCGGUUCCAGACAUCGAGUGCUGAGUGUUGACAACCAGGGAAGGCGACCGAGGAUCAACAGUUCAUCAGAUGUCAGCGUGUUCUUGCAAACAGGUGCUGCGGCCUGGGUUACAGUCUCCGCUGACCAAAAGAUAGAGGAGGUGGAAAUUUCAGGAGGAGCUCAACUUGUCAUCGCAGGCUCAGCUAAAAACCUAACCGUCGACAGCAUAACGGACGACAACACUGGGUUCUUGUAUCUACUGUCAUCCAUGCAACUGCAAAUUAGCACACUUUUGUCACCUUGCACGCUGAUAUAUCACGGAGCAGAGCUCAUCUUAUCCGACCUAGCACCAAACGUCUCUCUUGAACGCUCGGUUGAUGUACAUGGUAAGCUUUCCACUCUUGGUGCCCCGAGUGUCUAUGUGGGAGCGCAAAAGGGAGUGUUUACAAUGCAUCCAGGUUCUGGCCCAAGUUCGCUUAGCUUUGGAGAACUCAUUAUCGAGUCUUCAGGUCAUCUCCAGCUGUUGAACUACGAUAAACAGUCUCCGGCCUCCUGUCGCUGGUCUGUGGCUCUAACAUCCUCCAAAUUCACCUUAAGCGAUAAUUCCAAAAUGGACGUCGAAUGUCCGUUUAAUCUAACAGGCGAUCAAAUGAACAUUGGGCUCAACUCUGCUCUGAAAAUAAACGGUAACAGCUCAGUUUCGUACAUUUCCAUGAACGGCGUCUCUAUACGUGGCACCUUUUAUCCAGGAGUUCUUUCCCUUUUAGAAGGUUGGAAAACUCUCAGGAUUGAAAGAUACGGUGAUAUGAGCUUUUUCCCUCAUGGUGACGUUAGAAUAAACACAUUUUACUCGAACGGGAACUUCCACGUAGAAGGAGUCGUUUACCUAAGAGGGAGAGAUCCCGCGGUUACUCAAUUAAUCGAAGUUGACGAGUAUGGAAGUGUGCAGUUUGACUUGCCCCUUAGUUCGAACUCUUUGGUGUUUGUGCACAACAACUCACACGAGUUUGGCUCCCAUGGUAGACUGUCACUAAACGGAGUGUCCCUCGUUCAUGCUGACAUUGUUGUUGUUGAUGGAACUUGGUUGCCAAACAAGUUGAAAAUUGAACCAGGAUGGAAAGAACUGACCGUGGAACACGGAGGUAAAUUUCACUUUGACCCGGUUGAUAUUUUUCAGCUCAACAAGUUUCUCCUUGACGGCGAUGUCAAGUCUUUAAAUGCCGUAGAAAUGGAAGGUUUAUCCCAGCAGAAAGUCCAACAAUGCGAAGUUGGAUUCCAUGGUACAGUACUUAUCGAUUCAGCUGACCUUACAACAAUUCUCUGCGAGUAUGUCCUACUGUCAGGAACCCUGCGGGUCGGGAACUUGUCAAUAGGCUCGGUAUGGAAUGAUCUACACGUAAAUGGCACAAAUGGAAAAUUCUAUUUCGAGACCUCAGAGCCCCUGAACAUCAAUCAGAUACGGGUCAGCGGAUUAAUCGACACCGGAUCAGCGAUCGGUCCAAGUGCUCCGCUAACUAGCGACAAUUUCACCAUCGAAUCAGCAGGAGAAGUAAACAUUCACUUUCAAGCCCAACCUUCCAUAACUGUCGAUGGUGCCAUCAAUUCUACUUUGUACGUGACCACUUUGGAAGUAAACGGUCUUUUCAAGCUUGGCUCGCUGUACCUCAUUACUGAUAACCUUAGCGUUGGAUCAUCGGGGCGCAUUUCUGUGAACGGUGGCGGUGCUCAAGGAGGAAUGGGACCUGGAGCCGGUUCUCAGAAAGAUGGCGGAGCCUCUGGGGCGAGUCACGGUGGACGAGGGGGACGUGGGUCGCAGACACUAGCUCAGCAGCUGAUCUAUGGUGACAUUUUCUCACCAGGAGGGUGGGGAAGUGGAGGUGGUAAUGGCAGUGGGAACAGUGGCGGAGGACGAGGAGGUGGAGUGAUAUUUCUUCAAAUCAACCAGACAUUUGAUGUCAACGGCGUGAUCCAGAUGAAUGGACUUCCUGGACAGACUUCCACGAGUGGCGGCGGAAGUGGUGGGUCUCUGUGGGCAACUUGUCAACAAUUUACCGGAAGCGGUAAAAUCGAGGCCAAAGGGGGUAAUGGAAACACUUAUGGCGGUGGUGGUGCUGGGGGAAGAAUCACGGUAAAUUACGUCACUGGUGGUUUCCAUAGCGACGGUACGGAUGCCUCUGGGGGACAGGCUGGUUCUGGGAGUAAUGUUGAACACGGAGGACCUGGAGUCAUAUACUUGGAUGGGAAAUCACCCAUUAUAAAAAACCUGCGCAUUGACAACAAAGGACUAAAGCCACUGACUUCACUUUCGGGAGAUUACAGUACAUUCAUAUAUUCAGGUGCUGUCGCUUAUCUCAAACCACCUUCGGAUAAUUUUGUUUAUGAUUUUACGCUGGUUGAAGUCUAUGGCGGGGGCCAGCUGGUUUUCCCGCGCGCGGGAACUGAAGUGCGCGUCGAUACCAUAAAUGGAGAUGACACCGGAUACAUACAUGUGCCUCCUUUUAACACCCUAAACGUGACGGGAACGUCGGAAUACAGACGCAUCAACGUCACUUGGGCGCCAUUUAUUUAUGAGGACGCGACGUUUGUUUUACCAAACGGAACUGUCGAAAUCCGAAAGGCCGAAAGUUUACUUUAUCCGAAUAUAGAACGAAGCUCCCACAUAAGCUUUUGGGGAAGUGUGUUGGGGUUUAAAGCACAUCUUAUGGUGGCCUACGGAGCAACGGUUUCCUUUGAGAACUCCUGUCCACGUAAUUUAAAUUUUGUUGGAAUAACCGUGCAGAAGACCAGUCGGCUUUUGUUUAAGAGCAAUAUGUCAGUCGAGGCCGAUGGCUGGACCGUAGAGGUUGCAAAAGAUAAUGGACCAGUGUAUCGUGAUGGUAUUGUGACUAUAGAGGGUGAUGGAUUAAUUGAAGCGCGAGCUUUGACAAUUAAAGCUGCGUCACUGAUAGUAGAUCCACGAGGAAAAUUGACACUUGAUGGAAAGGGGUACUUUGCUGGUUCUGGCUCUGGUUCCGGAUCGUCAGACGGAUCAGGAGCAGGUCAUGGAGGCACUGGCGGAAACGGGAGAGUGACCACGACAACAGGUAUACCGUACGGUGAUUACACCAAUCCUCGACUUUUUGGAAGCGGUGGUGGACUGGGCUCAAAUGCUGGCUUUGGAGGUGGAGCACUGCUGCUAAAGAUAGUUGAUACCUUAGUGGUGGAGGGAACCAUAACUGUAAGUGGAAGCCAGGGAGUAAGUUCUAACUCAGGUGGAGGCAGUGGAGGAAGUAUCCUGAUCCGUACUCGUGCCCUUGAAGGCUCAGGAGUCAUAGCUGUCAACGGUGGUGCUGGUAAUGGUAAUGGGGGUGGUGGAGCAGGAGGAAGGAUGGCUAUCUACUGGCAGGACAGGGAAUGGUGGCGCGGGUCCUUGACUGCAUUCGGUGGUAGCUCUUCUCAAGGUGGAAAUGGCGGAGCAGGCACAGUGUAUCUUGUGGAUACUCAACAUGGUGUGAACAACAGGACUCUGAUCUUCGAUAAUAAUAACCUGAGUCCAAGUGCCAUGGAGAUAUCAGAUUAUUCAUCACCCUACACGAAUGGUGGAAGAGCAUGGAUACUACCAAUAGAUCAGGAGUUUGAGCUGGAAGAGGUGCAUAUAUUGAGGAGGGCUCACGUAGCUCUCCACCCUAAUAUAACCAGGUAA